UAGUGAUCCCAGAAAGGGACAUGCACAGAGAAAGACGGGAUUUGGAUUUUACUGCAGCAUAAAGCGAGAAUAGCAUUAAAAAAAAAGAGAUCAGAGCGGUGCUAAUCUGGAGAUCAAGCAGAAAAAAAGAGGUGAGAGAUGGAGAGAAACUGAAAGACAGAAAGAGGACAGGAAAAAGGAGCAUAGAGUGAUGACAAGGAGAAGGAACACAAUGAAGAUGCCCGUGUGUGCAGCGAUGUCCUGCCUGCUCUGGCUGUGGUUUACAUGUACUUACGUACAUGCAGAAUGUCCCAGUGUUUGUUACUGUAGCGAGAGCCAUCGGACAGUUGACUGUUCCCAGAGGGGGGUUAGGCAUAUGCCGGUGGGCCUGCAGCGAAACAUUCAAUCCCUCAACCUAACCCACAAUCGGCUAUCUGACCUGGACCACCACCUAAGCUCCUUCACACAUCUGCGCAUCCUGGACAUCUCCUACAACCGUCUGCUUCACUUCCCAGCCUCGCUGCCACGGGCGCUGUGGGAAAUCAACGUCUCAGGAAACCGUCUGCGUGUUCUUAACAAGGAUGACACAGCAUACCAGUGGAACCUCAGAGUUCUGGACCUGUCCGUCAAUAAGCUGGAACGUGUGGUCUUUAUCAACAACACGCUCUCCAACCUGAAGGCUCUCAACCUCAGUCAUAACAAGUUCUGGACGGUACCUACCAACAUGCCCCAAAACCUGGAGAUGGUGGAUCUAUCCCACAACUCUCUGGUCCAGAUUCUGCCGGGGUCCAUGAACCGGCUACACAGUUUGGCUCGGUUUUACCUGCACGCAAACCGCUUCACCACAGUCAGUGAAGGGACAUUCGAGCAUCUGCAAAGUCUGAAGCUCAUUACUCUAGGGGACAAUCCCUGGGCUUGUGAAGAAACUGCCAAUAUCAGCCACCUGUUGGUGUGGACCAAACACACUUCCGCCCGAGUGUUGGGCUGCCCCUGCCACACCUGGCAUACCUGCGGAGAGGCUCACCUGUCCAGUACAGGGAGCUGGCACUUUGGCACCUACACGCAGUCCCCACACGUCUUUGGAACCGAGGAGCCAAGCCAUCCAUAUGUACAAGUGGUCACCACACACUUCUGGUCAGGGACGUCACUCCUACAUACCAAGGAUGACCAAACAGUAUCUAGAAGCACCAAGGAACAGGAGUCUUUCAGGAAUGGCCUUCUCUUUACCUCAACUUCAGAGGUUUCCCAUUCUAAUACUCAUUCAACUACAGAAGGCCCAGUCACAACAGGCAAAUUCUUCACCACUCGCAGGACCACCACUCUCCGUACACGGAGUGUGAAGAGACCCAAUCACAACCUCAGUCGAAACACAAGCUCAAGAUGCAGUAUGGGUUCGCUCUACACAUCAGUCUGCUGUACACUCCUUCUGAUGGCCAUGAUGCAAGGGCUCUGAGGGUCAGCCGAGUCACACGGUCUUUCUUCUAAACUGGAUCAAACUAUUAAUUCAUGUUAACAAAUGAAUAAAACAUUAAAUGAACUUAAUAGCUUCCAAAACAGAACAGUCUCACACUAUAGGCCUAACCUCCAUCUACUGAUGAAGCGAAGCAACAAGCAGGAUUACUGGACAUACAGGUUUACAUGAAAUGGGUGUAGAAGCAUUUCAUGUUAAUCAGAUUAACUUCUGACAA